AUGGCCACAUCGACGGCAUCGCCAUCCCCCUGCUCGAUACUCGAGAAGCAGUACUACAUCACCCUCGUCAAUCUGAUCCUCCCAUUCUUCUUCUCUCCAGCUCAGUCGAUGCCUGACGUGGCAGCAAAAGACCUUAGUCCUUUCAUUCACCGGAGUGCUAAUUUCUACGAGUUUCCCCACAUGCUCACUGCUAGAGCCAGAACAGAAUAUUUGACCCGCCCAUCGAGCCACUACGAGACCCCUGAGGCGAUACUUCAAAGAUACCAAGUACGAAGUGAUGGACGAUAUGGUUGUUUCGGUCUCGGCUCAUAUUCGCCCAACUACAACCUCUGGGCAAACAGGGUCUGA